AUGCCUUCCAGCGGUGUCUGGAAUGUCGCUGGAAGAUCAAUCUUGCUAAUCGAGGCACACGGGCGCAAAACGCCAGCACGUCGUCAGCGGGUUGCCAGCGGGUUGCCACGUUCAUGGGAUAAUGACGAAAAGGACCUAUCAAAGUCGUUUUGCUCUGUUUGGGCCUCUUUGGCCAAUUUUGCUCUAUUUGGCUCCCUUCCUCCUACCCUUAAACGCUAUGCCUCUGCCUCUCCCUCCAAGUUCAACCACCAUCUCUCCGUUCUGGUGUUUCUGCUUGCAGCCAUAGCGCCUCCACGACGUGGUUUUGCCGGCUGUGCUUCGCUGUGGAAACACUAA